UGCAAAUCAACUCCGAUCCGGAUUACCAUAGCCUUAGCGGAUCAUUCCUCAUCAAAUGCCUGUCGUCCAAUACUUCAGGCGCAGCGCCCCCUUCUUCUUCCCAGCUUCUGAUAACAGCCUGACCGCAGCGUCUGACGCCAUCCGUCAACUCGUCAACUCGGCUUUACUCCCUGCGGCUAAACCAUGGUUCCUACCCGCUUUUAUUUCUCAGCAGAGCUCUAAAGGCGCCCGUUCGGACAGGGCUGCUUGAGCGAAACUUCCGCUUACUCAGCCAAUUCGGCUUGAGCUCAGGCUGCUUCGGAUAUCGACGAGCGGCGAAAGCCAAUCCAUGACGAGGCCAAAGGCCGAGCCCUGACAGCUAUCUACCACCUUUCUACUUGGAAACUUCCGAGAAAUAUUUCCUCUCUCAUGGAUAGUGUUAGAAAUCCGCCCAGCACAGACGGGACCCAGCACACGAUGGCCGCGCAACGACGGGCUUGCGACGCCUGCUAUAAGCGUAAGAUUCAAUGUGAUCGAUCUGAUCCAGAUGAGCAAUGCAACUGGUGUCUACAUCAUGGUCUCCACUGUACUAUUAACCGAAUCAGAGGCAGGAAGAAGAAGACAAAGAGCUCAAGGGAAAGCAUUGUUAAGCGCCUGGAGCGAAUAGAAGAGGGCAUUGCUAGGGCUAAAGCUCUGAAACAGAACACUCAGACAGCCUCGCCUGUUUCAACGGCUUCGCCUGAUGGCUCCAGUGCCCAACAAGGGAAAAACACACCCGGCAGUGUGCCCGGCAGUGCACCCAUCAUUCGCGCGCUUAGUCGCUCUAGUGAGGGUUCACAGGUUUGCUCUAGGCAGUUAGGUGCUUCUCCGCUUGGACAAAUAUGGAUGUCGGGCCAGAAGUUUGCUGCUACUUGCGACCAGAAUGGCAUUCCCCGUUUUACUCCUCUUGGCGAACAGUACAUAUACGCGCAGACAGGGCAAUGGCCUCAUUUCCACAAUGAGAGCACCUUUUCUUUUGAAUCCACCGGCCAGGCCUCUUCGGGUGCUUUAACUCAACACUCCCCUAGGGGCCAGGCCAAACAAGCACCAGCCGAUCAACUUCCAGAAAAAUGGGUCACCAACACGUUGUUCAAUCUUUAUUUGCAGUCUGAAUUUCGCCUCGCUUUCCCCUUUGUCGAUCGUGAGCUAUUCGAGGAUACAAUACGACAAGCCUAUGACUCGCCAGAUACGAACCCGACAAUUGAGGAAAUCAGCAGUAAAGCAUGUGUAUUUGCUUUCUUGUCUGUCUCUAGUCAUCAUUUUGCCACCAUGAGCGUCUCAAAUCAUGUCGAUAGUGAUGCUUGUGCGAAGCAAGCACAGAUUUUAAUUGCUGACUUCAUUGAAGAUGCCAGUCUCACGACUUUACAAGUGAUGAUACUAUUGCUCAUGAAUGAGGCGCUCUGCGGCCGCCUACAAGCAUCAUCCAUGUACCACGCAAUUGCGUGCCGUACCGUCUUUGCCUUGGGGGGACAUACUCUAAUCAGUGAUCCACCUGAGGAUCGUAAUCUUACGGUUCAAGAGCUCGAAGAGCGUCAAAUCCGGCUUUUAUUCUGGCUGUGCUACCUUUUUGACAAAGACAUAGCUUUGAGAAGUGGCCAGCCUCCUAUCAUGAGCGACGAGUUUUGCGAUCUCACCCUCCCUAAAAACUACUUGAAGAAUCGCUUCUCAAGUCAUGAUCUCACAGGCCCAGAAAGUGCCCGAAAGCCGUUCUUACCUAAUGACCUUCGGUUAAGUAUACUGAAAGCAAAGGCUGUCAGGGCACUCUACUCCGUUGGCUCUCUGCGCAAAUCUGAUGCCGAACUUCUUCAUACUAUUCGAGAGCUUGAUGAAGAAUUGGAAAACUGGCGUACUUCAAUACCGGCAGAGUACGCGCCGGCGCUCAGUAUUCGCAAAGAUGUCAAAUUUGGCAAUUUCAGCCAGUUGACGAGCAUGCUUCAUAUCGAGCUACAUUUGGACUACCACUACCUCUUGAACAUUAUCCACUGCGCUAGCGGUAGAUGUGUGGUAGACUGGAAUGAAUCUGGCCAGGAAAUGAUCUUUGGGUUGCAGUCCAGUCUUGAUAUCUCUGUUGAAGCUAGUCGAUCGACUCUCAUUUAUCUCAGUGAAGCUGCACCUCGGCUGGCUGGUGAAGCAUUCUGGGUCUUUAUCUUUUACCCUGUUUCCGCGCUUCUUAGUAUCUUUUUUAAUAUCCUACGAAAUCCUCGGCACGAAUACGCAACUCAUGAUGUGGAGCUACUCAAAUUGGCGACAAAGGUUAUCAGAAGUAUGCCUAUACUUAAAGUUACGACCCACGAGGUCGAAUAUUUACGCAAAAUGGACGCCUUUAUUGAGGAGCUGGGUCGACUCAGCCAAGCAGCAAUCACAAAGGCACAAAAUGAAAAUGCUUAAGCGGAGUGGUGAAUCUUUGGCACAACUAGGCGUUAGGCACUUGUACUAUUAUUUGGUUCUACUCUGUUCAAUUUAACAGAUUUAUAGCGAAGGGUGCUGAUUAGAUAUAGAAACUGGCUUCUCUUGAGAUUAGUAAGAAUUUGAAAUUCGCGAUCAUAAUAAUGAAGAUAAUGAGAACGAUGGCAAUCUAGACAAGAAAAUAGAAUCGAUGC